GUAGUGGUAGGAAUGGAUAUAGCAGAUAUUCACAGUCUCAUUGAUACCGUAUGCUCCAAUAGCCUUCAUGUGGUGAUUUCCAUGGAUAGGAGGUCUAUAUGUCUUCUUGAAAGCCACAAUGGACAACAUAUAGCCAUAUUGAACGAAGAAUUCGAGAAAUUGAGGCCGACGGAUGGACGAAUACUGAAGGCAACGGAUGAGUUGUCUUGUAGAAGAAGCUCUCUAUUUGGAGCCGAAUUCAGUGAAUACUGCGACAGAUUAGCCGCUCUACCGGUCGUUCCGAGAGGAACCUACACGAGAACGCAUGGGCUGGCUUUACUUGGAGAGAAAUUUGACGAUAUCGAGGCUCAGAAACAUUCAGAAAAUUUUGGGGAUGUGCCAAGCAGCACUCUGAGCGAACGACUGCACGAGUACAACAAAGGGAUGGAAGCGAUAAAGAAGAGGAGAAAAACCUUGUUCAGCUACACAGAUGAGCUCGUGGAUAAUGAAAAGAUUGAAUUUUACGACUCUUUGAUAGAGAAGUUAGAUAAGCUGUUGAGCCUUUGA